AUGCUGCAAAAAGGAGAUACCCGUCUCCGUCAUGCCCCAACCCUGAAAAAGAAUACAGCAGCAGCAGCAGCAGCAGCAGCAGCAGCAGCGGCAGCAGCAGCAAGGCAGCAGCAGCAGCAGCAACAGCAGCAGCAGCAGCAGCAACAGCAGCAGCAGCAGCAACAGCAACAGCAGCAGCAGCAGCAACAGCAACAGCAGCAGCAGCAGCGGCAAACACAAAAAUAA